AUGUCUUCCUCUACCCUAUCGGAGGGUCGAAAGCAAUUUAUCGUUGAUGGAGUAACACAAGACUGCCGAGCUGAUGGCAGAAGAUGUAUUGACUUUAGACGAUUUCAAAUAGAGACAGGAAUUGUCUCCAAUACCAAUGGUUCUGCUCGUUUACGUCAAUACGGUACCGAUGUAUUAGUUGGAAUUAAAGCUGAGAUUGGUCAACCGAAACAGGAAAGAUCUAAUACAGGACACCUUGAAUUCUACGUAGAUUGUUCAUCAUACAAUACCACGGAAAUCGAUGGACAUAUUGGAGAUUUCACAACACAAUUAACAAAAUCCCUGGAAAGAAUUUACGAUUCUGAAAAUGUAUUAGACCUAAAGUCAUUGACAAUUAUAGCUGGAGAACAAGUUUGGGUUCUCUACAUUGACGCUGUGGUUCUGGAGUGCUGCGGUAACUUACUUGAUUGUAUUUCUAUCGCGGUUAAAGCUGCUUUAUACAACACUCGAAUUCCUGGGGUUUCAGUUAACGAUGAGGAAGGAGUGCUUGAGUUAGAAAUAUCUGAUGACCCAAACGACGAAAAAAAGUUAUCAAUAGAUAAAGUUCCAGUUAUUGUCAGUUGCAAUAAGAUUGGGCAUCGUUAUGUUGUGGAUGCAACUCAGGAAGAAGAAUGCUGUUCAUCAGGCCGUUUGCUCAUAGCAGUAAAUGAUCGCAAUAACAUUUGUUCUCUGCAAAAGAGUGGUACUGGUAGUUUAGAUCCGUCAACCAUUUUUGAAAUGAUUGAGACUGCUAGACAAGCAGCUGUCCCUCUCAAUCAGGAAUUACUGCAGACAUUGAAACGAGAAGAGCGCAGCAACAAUGACAAAUGUGGAUUUUUUGCCAACUGA